AAAGUUUCUGGCUGCCAUCCUUGACCUUUUGCUUCUUCCUUGACCAGGGAAAACGGGGAUUCUAUGGAGCCACCUCUUGGGUGCAGGACGGAAACCAAGAACACAGGAAGAAGAAGAAACACUCUCAAGGGGAUGGCCUUGCUGAAUUCCUGAUCUCACUUUCAGAUAAGAAAGGAAAAAAAGAAGAGGCAAGGAUCUGUAUUGCAGCUAAACACCCCUAUCACUGUUGACAUGACGGAGAAAGCACCUAAAUGCCUGGAGGGCGGAAAGAGCUUCACUCAGAGGGAUCACCUGCAGCAACAUGAAAGGAUCCACACAGGAGAGGAACCCUACACAUGCCUGGAGUGUGGGCAGAGCUUCACUCAGAGUUCAAAACUACGUUCCCAUGAAUGGCUCCACAGUGGGGAGAAACCCUAUAAAUGCCUGGAGUGUGGAAAGACCUUUCCUCAGAAUUCAGUUCUACUUAAACAUGAAAGGACUCACACUGGGGAGAAACCCUAUACGUGCCUGGAGUGCGGAAAGAGCUUCACUGAGAGUGGAAGCCUACGUUUGCAUCAACGGACUCACACUGGAGAGAAGCCUUAUACAUGCCUGAAGUGUGGACAGAAUUUCUCUUAUAGUUCAGGUCUACGUUCCCAUCAACGGACUCACACUGGGGAAAAGCCCUAUACGUGCCUGGAGUGCGGGCUGAGCUUCACUCAUAGUUCAGCUCUACGUAAACAUCAACGGACUCACACUGGGGAAAAACCCUACUCAUGCCUGGAGUGCGGACAGAGUUUUAUUCAGAGUUCAGGUCUACGUUCACAUCAACGGAUUCACACAGGGGAGAAACCCUACACAUGUCUGGAGUGUGGACGGAGCUUUGUUCAAAGUUCAGGUCUGCGUACACAUCAACGGAUUCACACUGGGGAGAAACCCUAUUCAUGCCUAGAGUGUGGACGGAGCUUUGUUCAGAGUUCAGGUCUGCGUUCGCAUCAACGGACCCACACAGGGGAGAAACCCUAUACAUGCCUGGAGUGUGGAAAGAGUUUCACUCGAAGCCAUCAUCUGCAGCAACAUGAAAGGACUCACACGGGAGAGAAACCCUAUACAUGCCUGGAGUGCGGAAAGAGCUUCACUGAGAGUGGAAGUCUACGUUUACAUCAACGGACUCACACUGGGGAGAAGCCCUAUACAUGCCUGGACUGUGGACAGAGCUUUGCUCAGAGUUCAAAACUACGUUCACAUCAGUGGAUCCACAUUGGGGAGAAGCCCUAUAAAUGCCUGGAGUGUGGAAAGAGCUUUGCUGAGAAUUCAGUUCUACAAAAACAUCAAAGGACUCACACAGGGGAGAAACCACAUACAUGCGUGGAGUGUGGAAAGAGCUUCACUGAAAGCGGAAGUCUACGUUUGCACCAAAGGACUCACACUGGAGAGAAGCCCUAUACAUGCCUGGAGUGUGGACAGAGUUUUACUUAUAGUUCAGGUCUGCGUUCACAUCAACGGACUCAUGCUGGGGAAAAAACAUACACAUGCCAGGAGUGUGGACAGAGCUUCACUCAUAGUUCAAGUCUACGUUCACAUCAACGGACUCACACUGGGGAAAAGCCCUAUCUUUGCCUGGAGUGUGGACAGAGGUUUACUCAUAGUUCGGGUCUAAGUUCCCAUCAAAGGACUCACACUGGAGAAAAACCCUAUACAUGCCUGGAGUGUGGAAAGAGUUUCAGUGAGAAUAGAAGCCUACAUUUGCAUGAAAGGACUCACACUGGAGAGAAACCCUAUACGUGCCUGGAGUGUGGACAGAGUUUCACCCAUAGUUCAGGGCUGCGCUCGCAUCAACGGACUCACACUGGGGAAAAACCCUAUACAUGCCUGGAGUGUGGAAAGGGUUUUACUCGGAGGGAUCAUCUGCAGCAACAUGAACGGAUUCACACUGGAGAGAAACCCUAUACAUGCCUGGAGUGUGGAAAGUGCUUCACUGAGAGUGGAAGCCUACGCUCACAUCAGCGGACUCACACUGGAGAGAGACCCUAUACAUGCCUGGAGUGUGGAAAGAGCUUCACGGAGCGUGGAAACCUACGUUCCCAUCAAAGGACCCACACUGGGGAGAAACCGUAUACAUGCCUGGAUUGUGGACAGAGCUUCUCUCGCAGUUCAGAUCUACGUUCACAUCAAAGGACUCACACUGGGCAGAAGCCCUAGAUGUGCCUGGAAUGUGGGCAGAGUUUUUCUCAGAGGGAUCAUCUUCAGAAACAUGAAAGGACUCACACUAGGGAGGAACCCUAAAAAUGCCUGGAGUGUGGGCAGAGCUUUACUUAUAGUUCAGGUCUACGUUUACAACAGAGGAUUCACAUCCUGGAGUGUGGAAAAAGCAUCAUGAAAUCUACAUUGUCAUAGAAUUCACACUGGAGAGAAUAGUGGUAUUUGUAAGCAGAGGGGCUUAAUAACAAAAGACCCUCACAGCAGAGUAGCUUAUGUGGUAGCAGAAGCGCGACCCAGAACCAGUAGCCAGUAUAAGAAAAAAUAAAACACACACUGACUAUUAUUAUCUUCCUUCCGGAGGCCUUUCUUGUAGAAAAAUAUUGUUACAACACAAACAAGGUUUCCAUAACAUAAACCAAAGUAUUUAUACUUCCUUUAGAUAGUGAGAUGACAUUGCACUACUUCAAUCCUUUUUCAGUUGUCUUUUUAUGUGUGACGAUGUGGGGAGAAAAUGUUUCCUUUUAAAUCUUUUUACUGACUUGUAUUGAUGUAUUUUCCCCUUUUUUAAUUGGCUGGGGAUUUCUUGUGAGUUUUUACUUUGAGGCUUUUAUAUUACAGGCUUGAGACACUUGUAGUAAACAAAGUAACAAAGUU